CCUCAUACCAUUGAAAUUAACUGAAAAUGAAUCCAUAAGAAAUUCCUAUACCUAACCGAUCUAUCCAAAAUUUGUGAUAACAAAUGGACCAAUUUGAUCAAAAUUUGUGAUAACAAACGGCAUGAUUCCCUGUCUCUGUCUGUCACUCACUCACUCCCUUAGACGUGGGAACAAACAUAUACACAUUUUCUCUGCACAACGAGAAAUGCAUACAGCCAGCACUGGACCAACAAUAAAAGGGUAAAAUAUCUCCGGUACCACUAAAGUUUGAGAACUGGGACAGACAUACCACUUAAGUUUGAAUAGGGCGUCGGGUACCAUUAAAGUCACCAAAAUGUGCAUCCGUCUAAUUUUCCAUCCAACCCAAAAUUUUAAUUACUUUUUGGUACCCAAAACUUUUAAAAAUAUCCAAAACUAUAUUUCAACAAGUUUUUAUCUAAUAGAGAAAUUAACAAACCUUCUAAACAUAAUAUUACUAAAAUGACUAAUCAAAAUUUUCAAUAAAAUAAAUAAGUUAGUAAAAAUAAUAAACAAAUAUCAAGAAGAAGAAUAAAUAUAUAGAAUAUAAUAAUAAAUAUUUAAAAUCAAUAUUAGAAGAUCUAUUUAAAUCACUAAUCCGAUAAGAAGUAGCAUUAAACAUAGUUAAAAUAGAAUCUAAUCGAUCAUCAAUACAUCAAGACCAAAGAAUGAUAAAUGGAACAUAGUUAGAAAGAAUUAAACAUAUUACAGUAAUUGAAGAAAAUUUCGAACGAAAAUAGAACGAAAGUAACCAAGAAAAUUAUACAACAUCCAAAUGAUGUACGAGAAUUAAAUAUAACAUCCUCAUAUAUUUAUAUCGAUAUAGAAUUCAUAGGAUAUAUUUGCUUAAGCAAAUUAUUCGAUUAUUAUAACACAUAAUGGUAAUUUAAAGUACUUAUAAUGAUAAUUGAUUGUACAUUUUCUAUUCAAAAAUUGGUUUUGUAUCAAAAUCUUCAAAAAAAAAAAGAGAAUAAUUCAAUUAUUAGAAAACAUAAUAAUAAUUGAAAAUACUUAUAAUAAUAUUGAUUUUAAAUUUUCUGUUCAUAAAUUAAUUUGGUAUCAAGUUUUCAAAAGAGGAUACCAAUUAAAUAAUAAAAAUUGAUGUUUUUCAUAAGUCAAAAAUGAUUUUUUACAAUAAGAAAAGUAGAAGGACCAAUUAAGAAAUUUAGAAAACAGAAUAUUCCAAGAAUAUUCUGUUAACUUUAACGGAAUGCACUUAACAUUAAACUUAAGUGGUACCGGGUGCACAAAUAAUAAAGUUCAGUGGUACCCGACGUCCUAUUCAAACUUAAGUGGUAUGCAUGCCCCAAUUCUGAAACUUAAGUGGUAUCCGAGGUAUUUUUACCACAAUAAAACAGCUAAUGAUGCACUCACUGACAAAGGUAAAGUUGAGACCAGGCCACUUCUCCUGUCUCUUCUAAUUUCUCCUCCAAAAGUUACCUCCUUUUUCUCAUUUCCCUAAUCUUCUGCUUCCAUUUCUGAAUCCAGUAGUUGAGAAUUCCUCUAAAUCAACACUUACCCAGUAGAGAUCCCUGAAAUGGGAAAAGGAGGUGGGUGUUUCCCCAGCAAGACAAGGUCCCCCAUUGGAGUACCACCUGAUCCCAACAGCACCCAAGCUUCUCCAGCUCCAUUGAUUCCAGAAGAACCAGCAGAAGAAGAAGAACAACAAAGUCGAAUCAUUACUACCGUUCGGAAGACCAGCAAUGGAGAAGUAGUAGUAAGCAAGAGACGGCUCAAGAUUUUCAUCGUCUUCUACUCAAUGUACGGGCAUGUGGAGAUACUGGCGAGAAAGGUGAAGCUGGGGGUCGAUUCGAUUGAAGGGGUUGAAGGGGUGCUGUUUAGGGUUCCAGAGACUCUGGCGAAUGAGACUCUAGACCAAAUGAGAGCUCCCCACAAGGGCAACGAUGAGGUUCCUUUGAUAUCUGUGGAAGAGAUGACGAAUGCUGAUGGGUUCUUGUUUGGGUUCCCCACCAGGUUCGGUUCCAUGGCUGCUCAGAUGAAUGGGUUUUUUGACAGUACUCAUGAGCUGUGGAUGGAGCAAAAACUGGCUGGGAAACCAGCUGGGUUCUUUGUCAGUACUGGUACUCAAGGGGGAGGCCAAGAGACCACUGCAUUGACAGCAGUAACUCAGCUAGUCCACCAUGGGAUGGUGUAUGUUCCAAUUGGAUACACAUUUGGAGCUGGAAUGUUCAGAAUGGAUGGCAUCAGAGGAGGUUCUCCGUAUGGCGCAGGUGUGUACUCUGGAGAUGGAAGCAGAGAGCCGAGUAAAACUGAACUGGGUCUUGCUGAACAUCAAGGAAGAUACAUGGCCACUUUGGUCAAAAGAUUUGGUCAUUUCCCAUGAUUUGACACCUCUGUGGGAAGAACUCCAACAUAUCUGCAUAUGAUUCUUUUUGUAUAUAGGAUUGAGUUGGGAUUGGAUUGGAUUGGAUAUCAAAGUUUCUGCUUUGCAGCUAGAGCUUUGAACAUUUUGUAAUCUUCAUUGGUGGGUAUUUGUUUGUCUCAUCCACACAUGUAUAUAUGGUUUGCUCAGUUCUUGUAUGUUGUUGUUUCUUUCAAUGAACUCCAUUCAUUUGUAGCUUCAUCCCACAAGAAGGCUGCAUAUGUGACUUUCCUUAACAAAAAGUGUACCCAUUUGUACCUGUUAAGUCAAUACCAUUAUAUCUUCGUCGAUGACUCAUUAACGAUGUUGCAGAGUAGAUUAAUACACUUAUUAACUUGGAUCAGUUUUAAAUUCUUAAUCUUAUCGGAUCUUAUUCAUCAUAAAGUUAUGGGAUGAUCUAUUAGUAAAAUUAUUUUUAGUCUCCAGCAAUCUUGCAUCUAAAUCGUUGGAUAUUGCAGUAAUCCGGGCGAAAUUGCGUAUUUUGAAAAGUGCAAGUUAGAAAUAGUGUGAAUUUUUUUAGUAAGUAUGGUAUUUUGCAGUGUUAUUAAAGCCGAGCCGCUCGGCCCGACCGGUAAAACCGCCACCCGGUCACAAAAUCGGCUCGGAACAGUCUAAAAGCCGCUCCGGUUUUAUUUAGCGGUUGGCGAGCGGCCGAGGCGGUUAACCGUUCGAGCCGAUCGAGCCGCUCGUCCGAUUUUUGCCAUUCAGCCACUAAAUUUAAUUAAAAAAAUUGUAGAAAAUUGAAAAUUGAAAUAAACCAAAAACGUCGGGCUCUCAAAUUGAAUCCUUAUUUCCAUUUCACAAUUUUGAAGGAAAGAGAUGAGCUUUGAUUAAGAAAUGUCCACUAUUUAUACUGAUGACGUUUAUUAGGUACCGGUUCUCUAACGGUUUUUAAACGGUCUAAUGCCGUUCGCAUUACCGGGUCAUGCUCCGGUUCGGUUCUGACAACAUUGGUAUUUUGGAGAAAAUCCGAGUGGGUAGGAGGUCAAGUCAUGUACCGGAAAAAAAAGUCAUCGACUGAAAUGAAAACAAUUAGAAGUUAGUAGACCAAAUCGAUAAAUAUGAGAAAGUUAUGCGGUUAAGAGGAGGAGACGCUCGCACUCUUCAGUCUCUCCAGCCCUAGUUUUUAGUCUGGCGGUGGUGUGCCGUAGAAACGAAAACGUAAAAUUCAACCGAGAAGAAACCGCGCCGGGAAAAGGAAGAAGAAUGUCGACCGAAGAGGAGAGCGCAGUGAAGGAGCCAUUGGAUCUCAUCAGACUCAGUCUCGACGAACGCAUCUACGUCAAGCUCCGUUCGGACCGGGAACUCCGCGGCAAGCUUCAUGUAAUGUGCUUCUCCUCUUUACUACUUUCUUUGUUCUGCUGUUGCUUCCAUACCACCCGAAUUUCCGGCGAGAGCCGCAUUCGGUGACCACUCGGCUCACCCUUUCCGUUUCUUCCCUCGCUGAGCUCAAGGAUGGCUGAAUUGUUAUCGUGUCCGCGAAUAUUGACUUUAGUUGUCUUGUCUGCUAGUUCGUUCUGUCUCGGGUAUGGUUUAAUUAGGGUUCUAGCUAUACGCGAGAUAGGGUUGGUGAACGGCGCCUGCAAUUUCAGUUUGCGAGAGGGUUUCUUCUUUUUGUGUAUGGGCUAAGAUUCUGGAGACUAGCGAGGAGAGGUGUGAGAUAAUUCGUGUGUGGAAAUUGUUUCUGAAGUUGUCCAUUUCUAUCGCCAGAUGUGAAUGCUCAAAGGCUAGGAGUUUACUGGAUGCUGUUCUAGGGUUUAAGAUACAAUGGGAUUACGGGGAGGAUUCGAUUGUUUGAGAGGGUGAUGCUUUUGGCUGUGGUAGUAGUACUGGUCAUGUAUCUCCUUUAUCCUAUAUGUCCAGGGCACGCAUCUUAAUGCGAAAACUUGUACAAGAUCCACACUUGUAGUUUAUUUUUCUUCGGGAGAGAUCUUAUAGUUAGCUCAUAGGAGCUUCCUAGAGGAAACAGUCAAAUGAUGCGUCAAAUCAGACAAAGAAUCGAUUUUCCCUUACUGCAAAUGUUUCGAGGAUUCUUUGUGGCUUCUUUGGCAAUGGUUUACUUCAUGAUAACCCAAUCUAGUGAUUCUCCUUGAUACAUUCCCCUCACUUGAUCUUGGCAGUUCAUUACUUUGGGAACUGAAUCACUACUGCCUGGCUUUGCAGGCAUAUGACCAGCAUUUGAAUAUGAUUCUUGGGGAUGUGGAAGAAACUGUGACCACAGUAGAGAUCGAUGAUGAGACUUACGAAGAGAUUGUCAGGGUAAUUUGGCUUAUCUGCUUUCUUUUAAAUACUCUGGUGAUUAGCAAAUUUUAGUUUGAUAUCUGCACGUGAACACAAAGCAUUAGCAUGAAGCAUCAGCUCAUGAGUGGCAUCAUGUCUGAACUCUGAAGUGCAAAAAGCUGUGAUAAAUCAGUCGAAUGAAUGAUAACCAGUAUUCAAUGUAGGAAGCUACUGCUUUACAAUCAAGCAUAGCAUUCGUACUUAUCUUGGCAUUUCUAGGUACUGACUUAUCCUUUUCCACUCUUAUUACAGCACACAAAGCGCACAGUACCUUUUCUGUUUGUCAGAGGAGAUGGUGUCAUAUUGGUUUCUCCACCAUUGAGGACAACCUGAUGAUCUGCAAGAGAUGAAAUUGCGAAGUGCAGUUGGUGACUUCAACUUUUAGGAAUGCGCUCUCAUUUACUGUAAUUUUUUCUUGUGUACUUGCUCAAGCUAAUGGUGAUCAACUGAUGAUUGUCAGGCAGCAUAUUAUGGAACUGCGAUGAUCAUGUUCUGAUCACCGUGUAAUUACUCUUAAGCACCGAGGUUUUAUAAUUUGGUGGAAGUGGCUGCCCAUGUUCUAGCAUGAUGUUGUUUCUUCCAGAACUUCGUCUUGUUUCGGAAUUAGUAAUUUGAUUUUGCUGAGAGUAUAAAGAUGAAACUUGACU